GCUUCCGACAGAUCCAUUCCCCCUGGGAGAUUGAUUAUCCAGCAGGAAGGGGCUCCAUCACUUUGCCCUCCUCUCUCCCUCCCUCCUAAGCUCUCGGCGGUCUUUACUUGUUGAUAGGUUGAGCCGCUGCAGAGACUGGUCACUGACGUCUCACCGCGGCUUUCCUAAUCAAUGGGCCAAGAGGCGUAACUGAACAGCAGCAGCUGGGGCCAGCGGAGCCACAGAAUCCCAGCGCGGCUCAGAGAACGUACCGGGACUGGCACAGACUCUGCUAGAGGCUCCGGCAUGCCGCCCAAGACAAAUUUGUUCUCUCUCCGCCGGGGAACAAGGUGGGGAAAGUGAACUCAUGCGAAUAGCCGGGGGUCAGGUAGCAGCUGUUGGUGACGUCCCCUCUGGGAUGAGACUGAUUGCCUGUGCAAGUCUAUGGCCACCACCAUGCAGACCAGCAACCUGUGGUUGAUUAUCUUCUCGUGGGCUGCGCUAACCGUUGGCGCUCCCCCUCUUCUCUGUGAUGUGCUCCAAAUGCUGCAGAAGGAGGAAGAACAGUGUCUUCAAGAACUGUCAAAAGAAUGGAAGAACAACUCUGAAAAUGAGCAGCCCAUAUCAGGCUGCCCAGGAGUAUGGGACAACAUGAGUUGCUGGCCCUCCGCUUCUGCUGGACAGACAGUGAAGGCUGAAUGCCCGAAGUUCCUCCAAAUGCUCACUGGCAAAAAUGGUUCUGUAUUUCGAAACUGUACUCAGGAUGGCUGGUCUGACACUUUUCCCAGAACUGAUGCUGCCUGUGGGUAUGAUGUGAAUGAUACCACCAAUGAAAAGCGGCGUUCCUAUCUCUUGAAGCUGAAAGUCAUGUACACUGUGGGCUACAGCACCUCCUUGGUGAUGCUCUUGGUUGCUCUGGGCAUUCUCAUCGCCUUCCGGAAACUCCACUGUACCCGGAACUACAUCCACAUGCACCUGUUUGUAUCGUUCAUCCUGAGAGCCCUGUCCAACUUCAUCAAAGAUGCAGUGCUGUUUUCCAAUGACGUUGCUCACUGUGAUGACCACAUGGUUGGCUGUAAAACUGUCAUGGUCUUCUUUCAGUAUUGUAUCAUGUCCAACUACAGCUGGCUGCUGGUAGAAGGCCUCUAUCUGCAUACCCUUCUGGUCAUCUCCUUCUUCUCAGAAAAGAAAGUCCUCCAAUGCUUUAUCAUCUUUGGAUGGGGUUCCCCAGCAGUUUUUGCUACAACAUGGGCCAUCACUCGACACUUUCUGGAAAACAAUGGGUGCUGGGACAUUAAUGUCAACCCAGGCAUCUGGUGGAUCAUUCGGGGACCUACCCUUAUUUCCGUCCUGGUUAACUUCAUCCUUUUUGUUAAUAUUCUAAGGAUCCUAAUGAAAAAGCUCAGAACCUCAAAAAUGAGAGGAAAUGACAUGAACCAUUACAAACGACUGGCCAAGUCCACUCUUCUGCUGAUCCCUCUCUUUGGUGUGCACUAUAUCGUCUUUGCUUUUACCCCUGAAGAUGCUGGCAGUCCUACUGUGGAGAUACAGAUGUUUUUUGAGUUGGCUCUUGGCUCAUUUCAGGGCUUGGUGGUAGCCAUCCUCUACUGCUUCCUCAAUGGGGAGGUGCAGCUGGAGAUCCAGAGAAAAUGGCGGCAGCGGUAUCUGAAUAAUUGGUUCUGGAUGCGCCCAGCACUGAGCUCCUCCUUCAGCAAUGGAGCUAGUGGCCCCACCCAAAUGACUAAAGCCAGUCCACUGGAGCAGGGCAGAGGAACUGCCUGGAAGGCCAGUGUCAUCUGAGUGACCUGGGACUAGGUGAAUGGGGAAGGCUUUGAUGAGAGACUUGGGGCACCGACAGGCACUGGACUGCUCUGGAAAGAUGUAAGAGAGAGCAGGUGGCAGUGCUACAGCCAGGUUCUUCUGAGAGGUCACCACAUUAUAAGAAGCCACUGAGACUGCAGAAUAUGUUCAAUAGUGACAGUGACAAUCUCCAUGUUCCCAGCCCGGGGAUACUUCCUCUUGCCUUUUCCUUUCCUUAGAGAGACAGUUCCUGAUCUCACUUGCUUACCUCCCUUCCCCAAUUCUUAGCCAAGUCUCUCUGGGAAAGGAGGAGAGGAAUCCCCAAAAUACAAUGAGAGGGAAAACGAAGAAAUUAGAAUUAUGUUGAGCAUGUGCAGAGGAAAGUGACUGGGAUGGAGAAGAGACUUGAGCCCAUGGUAUAAGAAUGAUGGAAGGAUCUGGGCAAUUCAGAAAAAAAGAUAGCUACUUUCAAAUAUCUGAAGGGUAGUCCCAUGGAAGACAGAAUAUAUCUGACCUAUGUGUGUAUGGUUCCAGUGGGCAGAACUCAAAUCAGCUGGUAGAAGUUAUAAAUAUGCAGAUUUUGGCUAGGAUAAGGACUUUUUUUUUUUUAAACCCUUACCUUCCAUCUUAGAAUCAAUAUUGUAUAUUGGCUCCAAGGCAGAAGAGUGGUAAGGGCUAGGCAAUGGGGGUCAAGUGACUUGCCCAGGGUCACACACCUGGGAAGUGUCUGAGGCCAGAUUUGAACCUAGGACCUCCUAUCUCUAGACCUGGCUCUCAAUCCACUGAGCUACCCAGCUGCCCCCAGGGCUUUUUUUUUUUUACAAGGAGAACUGCCCAAUAAUGGAAUCAGUUGCCUUGUGGUGACCAAUGGUCAGAGAUAUAGUGGUGGACAUUCAUGUACUUGGGAUUAAGUUGGACUAGAUGACUUUUGAGACUUCAUCUUCUCUAAAUUCUGCGCUUUUGUCUAGAAAGAAGAGGAGAUUAAGUUCAGUAGGGGUAGUUGGGACACUAUCCCUAAAUCUAAUUCGGGUCAUCUGGAAAGGGAAAGCUGCUCAAAGUCAUCUGCCUGUUACAAUGAGUUUAUUUAGUGCUUCACAACUGAAGGGAAAAAGAAAAGGAUGUUAGUAAAUUUGACAAUGGGAAUGAUUCAUUCAUUAUUGAUAAGAAAAAAGACAUUUGGGGGGUACUUGGAGGUAGGGAUUGGGAGUUCCAAGUUUCUUCUUCUCCUUAGAAAUUGGAACAUGUUAGAGAAGCCAUUUCAUCCUUACAAAUCUUUCCAUCUUUCUUCCCCUCUAUAUAGGGCCAGAGAAGCCUUUGGAAUCAUGUGAUUCUUCUCCCUAUCCAUUCUCAGCCCUCACAAGAGUGAAAAGAGUGAAUUCGGUCUCUAGCCCUCUUCUGUCUCCUUCCCCUCCCCAUCUUUCAUACACCUUUUUCAGUGUUCUAUGCUACCCUCUCAAGCCAUAUACUGUUUUCACAGUCACUUCACCCCCACCAUUGUAAUUUACCUAUUUUGUAUUCUGUACCUCACUCUCCCUGGGCUACCCAACGUGACAACUAAUGCAGUCAUCUAAUAAAAAACAGGUACUGAAGUGGAAAGAGAACUGGAUUUUGAUUCAAAGGAUGUAGGUUCAAAUCCUUGCUCUGCUAUUUAUUUAUCUGUAUGUCCUUGAGGAGGUCUCUUAACCUCUCAUAUAUAAAAUGGAGGAAACUGAAUCAAAUAUUUUCCAAGAUUCUUUCCAGCCUAUGACCCAAAUCUUAUUCCACACUUUCCCUUUUCUGCCAUAUGCUUAAGGAAGAGGGUAAAAAGAGAUUCCUCUAAUGUCCCUUUACUCUCAAUUUUAUGUAUGCUUUUGGGAAAACCAAGGGAGACUCGACUAUACAAUAGUAUAAUGUGGGCAAAUGGCAUGUAGAAAGAACAAGGGCUGAAAAGAGGCCAUUGAAUUUCAUGAUUAAGAGAUUAUUUGUUAUUAUAGAGGAGUGUUUCACCAUAUAUACACAUAUAUAAAUUCAUUUUUAUAGGAUAGUGGCAAUAUGCCUAUCUUUCUUGUCUAAACUUAGCGGAAUGACUUUAGUGGAAUUUCCAAGUAAUUCCAAGACUGAUAAGAGAAAUUUAGGAGCAAGAAGGGCUUAUUAUUUCUUAAAACACACAAUAAGGAUAUAAAUGGAGACCAAAGGAGGACCUGGUUUCAAUGACAAUGAACCUUGCCUAUGCCCCAUUGCCCAGAAGCUAAGUUCUGGAUUUGUAGGAAUCAUUCUUGCAAUUUGCAAGAUUCAGUUUUGGAAGUAGAAGGGAAGAUGUUUCCUAUAAAUCAUUUUUUUAAACUCUUACUUUCCAUCUUAGAAUCAACAUGUAUUGGUUCCAAAGCAGCAGAGGAGUGAGGGCUGGGCAAUGUGGGUUAAGUGACUUGCCCAGGGUCUCAGAGCUAGGAAGUAUCUAAGGAUAGAUUUGAACUGAGAACCUUCCAUCUCCAUCUCUAGACCUGACCUUCAAUCUGCUGAGCCACCUAGCUACCUCCUCAAUAAAUCAUUCUUUGGCUUAUGCCCCCAUCCACUUUCCCCAUGGAAUGUCAGAAUUUGGCUCAUUGUUGCCUCCCUACCUAUGAUCUCUCUCAGAACAUCAGAACAUUGCCCAGGUCUCUAUUUGUGCUGAUAUAGGUGAUAUAAGCAUUUAGGCUAAUGGAACAUCAACAAUAGGGCAAACUUUAUUUCACCCAAUGCGGAGAUGAGAGGAAGGUCCAGAUUUGCUCCUCCAUGUCAUGACUAUGUACCUUGCUACUUCUUGACUUCGGCUCCUGUUUGCCUCAGGUACUUUUUAUCCUCUUUCCUAGAAUACGGAUUUAGCAACUCAUUACUCUUAUGAUGCCUCUAACUACUGCUUUCUCUGGGAGCCAUUUGGUUUCUGCUCCAAGAGCUCCUUUUUUUUACAAUUGCCCUUUGAAUAUGAGGUUGCUUGGAUAAGUAGGCUCCCCCUUGUCCCGAUACACAUCUAAAUUUUCAAAACCAAUAUUUAUUCCCAAGGGUCUAGAACUCUUGUAACUGGAAGGUCUUAAAGACCACAAAUGCUACUAUAUAAUUAUGGAAUAUUCUCAUAGCUGUAAUUAGAGAUGGCAAGACAAUAGCAAUUAAAAAAAAACCAACAAAACACGGUAAAAAAGGAAAAGGCCAUCACACACAUACAAAACAUAUGGAAAAUGCAUAAUAUUGCUUAAGACAAGUAACCUUCUCCCUCCAGACUUGCAGUCAUUCGUGGGUUAGACUGUACCUCCCACAGAUAUAAGCUCUUGUCCAUUCAGCUUCAUUCAACCUUUGUAGGGAUGAGGGUUCUUACACACAUGUACUCCAUUGUAGCACUCCUCUUUUGUGUCUCUCAGUUCUGGUCUCUGUCCAUUUCUCCAGAUCUAUUUCUAUUGCCUUUUAGAGCUCACAACCAUGGGUAUCAUUCUGAUUUACAUAACUCACAGCUUCCAAUUGCUUCCCAAUUUCUCUCUUCCACAUCUUUACACCUCAUUGAGGAAAUAGCAUUAAAAUUCCAAAUCUCAUGUCACUUAGGAAUGUUUAUGUGUUUUCUUUUCAUUUUUUAUUAAUAGUAUUUUUUCCAAGUGUUUCAGCUCUCCCCUCCACUCCUCACAUCAUAGAAGGCAUCUACCAUCCAGCAAACAUAUGUAUAUAUAGAGUACUUCUUUUAGGUUUCCACUUCUCUGAUCAUUCUCUGAAGAUGAACAUUCACAAGUUAUUCUUCAAAUAUUAAAACUAUAGCUAUAUAUAAUGAUCUCUUGGUUCUAUUCAUUUCACUCUUCAUUGUCUCUUUCCAAGUUUUAAAAAAAUUAGUCUGCUAGGAGUCAGUUAGGUGACUCAGUGGAUUGAGAGCCAGGUUCAGAGAGGGGAGGUCCAGGGGUUCAAUUCUGCCCUCUGAUAUUUCCUAGCUGUGUGACUUUGAGCAAGUCACUUGACACUCAUUGCCUUGGAACCAAUACACAGUAUCAGUUCUAAAAUGGAAGGUAAGGAAGUUAGAAAAAAAAUCAAUCUGCUCAUCACUUCUUAUGGAGCAGUAGUAUUCUGUCACAAUCAUGUACUACAAUUUGUUUAGCCAUUCCCUAAUUAGUGGACAUACCCAUAAUUUCCAGUUCUUUGCCACUGCAAAGUGUCCACCACAACUGCUAUAAAUAUUCUGGAACAUAUAAAUUCUUUUUCUUUUUCCCUGAUCUAUUUGGUAUACACAUUCUAUAGCUCUCUGGGCAUAAUUCCAAAUUGCUUUCCAAAAUGGUUAGAUCAGUUCUACUUUUCCACAACUCCUCCAAAAUUUGUCAUUUUGCCCUUUUAUAUUUUGGCCAAUCUGAUGGGUAUGAGAUGAUAUUUCAGAAUUGUUUUAGUUUCCAUUUCCCUAAUCAAUAGUGAUUUAGAUCAUUUUUUCAUAUAGCUAUAUGUGACUAAUUUCUUCAUCCAAUUGUCUAUUCAUAUCUUUUGCCCAUUUAUGAAUUGGGGAAUGUUUAUAUGUUUAUUUAUAUUUUAUUAUUUUUUUAUUUUAAUAACAAAUUUCCAGAUAAGUUUUCUGAAGUUAUAUAAUCCAAAUUGUCUCCCUCCUUUCUUCUCUCCCCACUCCUAGAGCUGGCAAACUAUUCAAUCUGGGUUAUACAUGUGUAAUCAUGCAAAACAUUUCCAUGUUGUUCAUUUUUGUAACUGAAUAAUCUUAUAAAACCAAAAUCCCCAAACAUAUACUCAAAUAAAUAAGUGAUAAAUCUUA